AACAUCAGCACUUGGGUAUCAUCACUUCAUCACAGCAAACCCAUUUCUCAGGUUUAAUUCUGGAAAGUUUCUUGUUUACCCUUCCUUCCCUCCUCUGUUGAGCUUGAGCCUCAUCCUCUAUAGUCGUCAAGGCCCGCACCAGAGCACCUCUUCUCUUCUGUCUCAAGCGCCCGAACACCCUUAAUAGUUAAAUACUAAAAGAGGCGUCAAAACAAGUAGCAGACUACCCCAGAAGAAGAAGAAGAAGAAGAAGAAGAAGACAAGCAGAGAAUAUCUUGGAUGGCGAUUGUACCUUGCGGUAGCACAUGGGUUGUUCAAUGGGGAAUUCAACCAAAAACUAUGUUAAGGCCCUCAGUCACGAACAAGUUGUUGAUGUCAUCCCAACGUGGAAUUUCAGGCAAGAUAAAAUAUUUGGCAUCAAAAAAUUCGAGCUUAUUGUCACAAGAUUCCUGGCAUGCAAUGUUUAGUACAAGGCCAAUUCAAAAUGUUCGUCAUCAAAGGGGUGCAAGGCUCAUUGUUAGAGCUGACAGUGAUUAUUAUUCUGUUCUUGGUGUGUCAAAGGGUGCAAGUAAAUCUGAAAUAAAAAGUGCUUAUCGGAAGCUUGCAAGGAAUUACCAUCCUGAUGUUAACAAAGAACCUGGAGCAGAGAAGAAAUUUAAGGAGAUAAGCAAUGCCUAUGAGGUCUUGUCAGAUGAUGAGAAACGGUCCUUGUAUGAUAAAUAUGGAGAGGCUGGGCUUAAGGGUGCUGGUAUGGGCAUGGGGGAUUUCAGCAACCCAUUUGAUCUGUUUGAGUCAUUAUUUGAAGGCAUGGGAGGUAUGGGUGGCAUGGGUAUGGGAGGCAGAGGUUCCAGAAGUAGGGCAGUGGAUGGCGAUGACCAGAUUUAUAAUUUGGUCUUGAAUUUUAAAGAAGCAGUUUUUGGGGUGGAGAAGGAGAUUGAGGUAACCCGGCUUGAGUCCUGUGGUAACUGCAGUGGAUCAGGAGCAAAGCCUGGGACCAAGCCAACUAAAUGUAGCACAUGUGGUGGGCAAGGUCAAGUUGUUUCAUCGGCUAGGACCCCAUUAGGGGUUUUCCAGCAAGUAAUGACCUGUUCUGCUUGUGAAGGGACUGGUGAGACAUUCACUCCUUGCAAUACAUGUGGAGGGGAUGGGCGAGUCAGGAAGACAAAGCGGAUUAGUCUGAAAGUCCCUCCUGGUGUGGACUCCGGUAGCCGAUUGAGGGUCCGAUCAGAAGGUGAUGCUGGGAAGAGAGGUGGAUCCCCUGGAGACCUUUUUGUUGUUAUUAAUGUUCUUCCAGACCCUGUACUCAAACGUGAAGACACAAACAUCUUGUACACCUGUAAGGUGUCAUACAUUGAUGCUAUAUUAGGGACAACAAUUAAGGUUCCAACUGUGGAUGGCAUGGUCGAUUUGAAGAUUCCUCCUGGUACCCAGCCAAACACGACACUGGUGAUGGGAAAGAAAGGUGUGCCACUACUAAAUAAGAGUAACAUGAGGGGUGAUCAGUUGGUUCGUGUUCAAGUCGAGAUCCCAAAAAGGUUGAGCAAUGAAGAAAGGAAACUCAUCGAAGAGCUUGCCGACCUCAGCAAAGCCAAGACUGCAAACAGUAGAAGAUAGUUGUGGUAGUGUCACCUGUUGAUUCAUCAUUUGCACUUGCCCCCACCCAUCCAUAUUUUCUGACGAGGACAAAAUUCUAGUUGGCGACGUGUAUUUGCAAAAGGGAAAUUUGAUGCUAAGAUCUCUGGAUUAGGUUGGAAGGGAAGCACUGGUGAGUGUAGUAAUAAUUUGUUUUUUUUUUUUUUUGGUUUAAAUUUUGGAAUAUAGAUUGAUAGGCCAUGAGGAAGGAAUAUUUAGGGGAAAGAUUCUGCUUGCUAAAUCAUUUCCAUUCACCUGAUAAUUGAGACUGAAAAAUAUAUAACACCAGAAGAUCCUGGUUUUAUCCA